GUGUGACCUCACCUGCUCCAGUGCCCCCUUCUCCGUGCCAGCUAUGAGUGCCUGCAACUUCACACAUACCACCUUUGUGCUUAUUGGUAUCCCAGGACUAGAAGAAGCUCAUUUCUGGAUCGGCUUCCCCCUGCUUUCUAUGUAUGCCGUGGCAGUGUUUGGAAACUGCAUCGUGGUCUUCAUCGUAAGGAUGGAGCGCAGCCUGCACGUUCCCAUGUACCUCUUUCUCUGCAUGCUGGCAGCCAUCGACCUGGCCUUGUCCACAGCCACCAUGCCCAAGAUCCUAGCCCUCUUCUGGUUUGAUUCCCGGGAGAUUACCUUUGACGCCUGUAUGACCCAGAUGUUCUUUAUUCAUGCUCUCUCAGCCAUUGAGUCCACCAUCCUUCUGGCCAUGGCUUUUGACCGUUAUAUAGCCAUCUGCCACCCACUGCGCCAUGCCGCAGUGCUCAACAAUAGAGUGACAGCCCAGAUUGGCAUGGUGGCCGUGGCCCGUGGAUCCCUCUUUUUCAUCCCAUUGCCUCUGCUCAUCAAACGGCUAGCCUUCUGCCAAUCCAACGUGCUCUCACAUUCCUAUUGUGUGCACCAGGAUGUAAUGAAGUUGGCCUAUGCAGACACAUUGCCCAAUGUGGUCUAUGGUCUUACUGCCAUUCUGGUGGUCAUGGGUGUGGAUGCCCUGUUCAUCUCUUUGUCCUAUUUUCUGAUUCUACGAACAGUUCUGCAGCUGCCUUCCAAGUCAGAACGGGCCAAGGCCUUUGGAACCUGUGUGUCACACAUUGGUGUGGUACUGGCCUUCUAUGUGCCUCUCAUUGGCCUCUCAGUGGUGCACCGCUUUGGAAACAGCCUUGAUCCCACUGUGCAUGUUCUCAUGGGUGAUGUCUAUCUACUUCUGCCUCCAGUGAUCAAUCCCAUUAUUUAUGGUGUCAAGACCAAACAGAUCAGAACGCGGGUGCUAGCUGUGUUUAAGAUCAGCUGUGACAAGGAUUUUCCGGCUGUGGGAGGCAGGUGACCCUUACCAUGGCACUUUUAUCCUUAAUGGCUUGAUAUAAUGAUUUCCUAAUGUUAGCUUAAUCCCAGUUGCCCAUAAACACAUCAGUGCUUUUCUCU